GGUCCACUCCAAUAAUUAAGAAGAAACGGUCGUCUGACGAAAAUCAUUUGGGAUCAUGGAUAAGCUGAAGGACAAAGGUUUACCAGACGUUUUUCCAGUUAUUCAACAUAUUUUCGAAGUAUAAUGGCGCUAAAUACAUGAUAAAAAUCUACUAUAAAGAGAAGGCGCCUUAGCAUAACAGACAAAACAGAGAAUAUCAUAUCAAAUUUGGAGGAUUGCUCUGAAAAUGAAUCUGAAACAACAAUGACCGCUAUAUCAUACGCUACUGCCGAGAAAAUAAAAUCCUCUCAAAUACCAAUCAAGGCAAAAGCACCAGGACAACGAUACGACCUCGGCGUACUGCGCGAAACUGAUGACGAACGGAGGCGGAGAAGGCAGUUGCUGGAAAGAGAAUUUCGAUGUAUCAAUGCUAAAACAUUGGAUGCUCCAUUACAAGUCUUGAUAGGCACGCCCAAUGCGCAAAAUUCGUCAGCACUACCACACCAAGCUUAUCACCGCGCCUAUUUGGCAGCUUCUGAAGAUGCAGACAAUUUGGGAUAUGCGGACAAUACCGGAGAAAGGAUUUCACUGUGCCAAUUGCGAACAUCUCGCUCUCGAUAUUCCAAUUUUAGUGAAGAGCCCACGUUCAUUUGCAAUUCUAACCAAGCGGGAGACUACAUGCCCCGAAUUCAAAGAAUCACAUAUCAGGCUAUGGUAGAUAGCGACCUGAAGGAAUCAGCACCCGGGGUCAAGCUUCGUUUAGUGAGAAAUGCACAUGUCUUAGCUAAUAACAUGAAUUAAUACGGGCA